ACAGUUGUUCACUCUCAAAGUGGUAUCGAACAGUUGGAAAAUGAAGUUGUUUAUUGUAUCUUUGUUUUUUGUGAUUGGGUUGUGCCAUGCAGAACUAUACGAGGAAGGAAGUUCUCCUGUUAGAGGAGCUUUGAAACGAGUCGUGAGACAUGCCAUUGGAGGAAUGGGAGGAGAAUUCUUAACCCAGACUGAACUUAGCAUAAUCUCAAACUGCAAGGCAAACGGCUAUGGUGAUGAGGUUGGAGAUAGAUUACAGGAGAGUUAUGACAAACUCAAGGUGUGCAUUAGAAAGAAAACAAUGUUCAUUGAUCCGAAAGAAGAUUAUAUCGCCAAUUUGGAAGAGUGUGCACAAGACCCCAUCAAAAAAACCACAGCAUGUUUGAGAGAGGACCAGAAAUACUUCCCACAGUUUUUACUGGACUUGUCAAAAUCUGUGGUCAUUUUCAUGUACGAUGAUUUCAACAUUAUGAGAGUUGAUCUGCCAAGAUGUAUCAUAAAGUUCCAAGAAUACAGAGUCCAGAGGAAAUAUCUACAAUGCCUGAUGGAUACCUCCCAAAAAACCCAUGAUACCAUGGAAAUACCAUCUUCGAAAGAAUCUUUCUGCGAAAAAUUCAUACCAGCUUCCCGUUGUUUCACUGAAAUCAUCAAGGACAAUUGCGAUCAGACACCAAAACUAGUGCAAUUCAGAGAAGACUACAUGAACUCUAUGAUGAGACCCUGUGGACUGAAAAGCGCAUAACCGAUGAAACAUCAUAAUUAUGUCAGCACAGAAUGGCGAGAGUUUCCCUAUGCAAUGAUUAUUAUUAAAUUAUUAAGAAUUGUGAUAGAGUCGAUGAAAAUAUAUCAAGAACUAUCAU